CUGAUAAUAAAGGCAUCGCGAAGAACAAAACCUUUCAACUGGUUUGGUUUACUGAUGGUUAUAUGCGUUUGAGUUCGCGGUUUGUUAUUCUGGUUUUUUUGCUCGGUUUUCCUAUAGUUUCGUAAGAAUUACGUUCACGCCGCGAAAAUACAUGAAAAUGCUGCUGCACCCUUCGGAGGAUGAAAGUUCCGAUCGUUUUACGGAAUAUAAGGUCAACAAUAUGCUGUUACACCCUUCGAAGGAUGAAAGUCCCGAUCGUUUUACGGACUACAAGGUGAACAAUAUGCUGUCACUCGCUUCGGAGGAUGAAAGUUCCGAUCGUUUUCCAGAAUACAAGGUGAACAAUAUGCCUAAUAAUUCCAUCCCACCUUCUUUCGCGCUCUUCAUCCCAAAUUCGGCCAAUUUUCAAGAUGAUUAUGUUUCGUCGUCGUACGAGUUCGGAGGUGCGUCUGCUGCAUACUCUGACCCUCCCGAACUGCAGUUGCAAAAUACCACCAGUCAACAAGUCGUCCCUGCAGCCUCAAUGGAGAACAAUCCAGUCAGCACAGUGGCGACCAUUCCCAUUGUGAAUCAAUUCUGCGCCAUAUGUGGUGAUAGAGCCACUGGAAAACAUUACGGUGCUGCAAGUUGCGAUGGUUGCAAAGGAUUCUUCAGGAGAUCUGUUCGAAAGAAUCAUGUCUACGCUUGUCGAUUCAACAGAAGCUGUGUCGUCGAUAAAGAUAAACGAAAUCAAUGCAGAUAUUGCAGAUUGCGAAAAUGCUUCAAAGCUGGCAUGAAAAAAGAAGCCGUCCAGAACGAAAGAGAUCGGAUAAGCUGCCGAAGACUCAGUUACGAAGAACGGUCAUCUUUAAGUGGACUUUCUGUUACUACAUUAUUGAGUGCUGAAAUGCUUUCGAGACAAGCUGGCGGUACAAAAGAGCCUACAAACAUUGAUCUAUCAGUGAAGCAAAUGGCCAAUAUCGAUGAUGUAUGCGAAUCCAUGAAGCAACAAUUGUUAUAUUUAGUAGAAUGGGCCAAAUACAUACCCGUAUUUUCCGAACUAUCCCUGGACGAUCAGGUUGCUUUAUUACGAGCACACGCCGGAGAAAAUUUAUUAUUAGGAUUGGCCAGACGUUCAUUACACUUAAAAGAUAUCCUAUUGCUAGGAAAUAACUGCGUCAUUACCAGAUACAACAGUGAAUCCAAUAUAUCAGCAGAUUUAGAUAUAAGCCGAAUCGGUACAAGAGUAAUGGAUGAAUUGGUCAAACGUCUAGCUGAAGUUCAAAUAGACGACAGCGAAUUCGCUUGUUUAAAAGCCAUAGUCUUUUUCGACCCUAAUGCUAAAGGACUAAGUGACAGCGCCCGUGUUCAAUAUUUGAGAGAUCAAAUUCAAAUAAACUUAGAAGAUUAUAUCAGUGACCGCCAGUACGACUCCAGAGGCCGAUUUGGCAAAUUGUUAUUGACUCUUCCACCCCUGCAAUCGAUAUCGUGGCAGAUGAUUGAACAAAUCCAGUUCGCUAAAUUAUUCGGCGUAGCUCAGAUCGACAGUUUACUGCAAGAAAUGCUUCUUGGGGAAGUAUACGACGAUCCCGGGAGUGACCUCGUCCAUAGAAUUAAAUUAAUUAAAAUAUGGAAACUAGUAAAAGGCUGUACGAGUAACUCCGGAUCAUCUUUAUCAGUGCUGGAUAGACCCCUGACAGAUUGCAAUCAACCGGUGACACCAGCAAAUGUUCGAGAUAGCCUAAUGAUGAACCAAAUGGAGAACGAUGGUUCUUGCAACUUGCUGGUGCCCAAAAUUGAGAACAUGUGAGGUCAAUAUUAUAAACGAGACGUUUUAUCAUUAAGCAUCUAUUAUAAGUUUCGUCGGUUAAUCAGACAUUUUUUCCAUUUUUUAUAAGUUUUAUCGUUGAGCCUACUUAUUAUAAGUUUCGUUAGUUAUUCAGGUCUUUUCCUCUUUUUUUUUUUUUUUUGUGAAUUGACAAUUUUUAACAAUUAACUAAACUUAGAAAUGAGCUUGUUAUUUUUAUUUUUUCUAUAAAGUAAUUUUUUGUAACAUAAGGCGUAUUUACAUCCUACAUCUUUUUACUUCAUUAAUUUACAUUUUAAAGACAUUUUUUUCCAACGUUUAAUAUUUUUAGCUACCUAUACAAAUAAUUUGUCACUGCGAUAGGUAUAGAGUAAUUUUAUAUUUUAAAACAAUAAUAAUUUCAAAAUUUUA